AUGCCUGUUUGGGGCCUGGGAGUGCAGCUGCACUGUGUGGGCAGUGCUCUCAUGGGUCAGCUUCGCAGCUCUCCUCGCAGCUUGGGUGGGGGCGGGGACCUCCUCUACCAGCCAGGAUGGGUGGCCCCAUCCAGUGGUCUCUUUCUGAUGUCUUCUGCAAAGGUCUCCCUCCUCAGCCCCAGCAUCUGGUGUCCUGACGGUGAUGUCUGGGGCAUCUUGGAGAAUCUGAUCUUUCACCUUCCCACAUUGCAACUCGGCUGUCCCAUAGGUGCCCACAGCCUGCGAGAGGAGCCUGAGUUUGUGACCGCUCGAGCUGGCGAGGGUGUGGUCCUGCGAUGCGACGUGAUCCACCCUGUGACGGGACAGCCCCCACCCUAUGUGGUAGAGUGGUUCAAGUUCGGGGUCCCCAUCCCUAUCUUCAUCAAGUUUGGCUACUACCCGCCCCACGUGGACCCUGAGUAUGCAGGCCGGGCCAGUCUUCAUGAUAAAGCAUCCCUGCGGCUGGAGCAGGUGCGCUCCGAGGACCAGGGCUGGUAUGAGUGCAAAGUGCUCAUGUUGGACCAGCAAUAUGACACCUUCCACAAUGGCAGCUGGGUACACCUUACCAUCAAUGCCCCACCCACCUUUACAGAAACACCCCCCCAGUACAUCGAGGCCAAGGAGGGAGGCAGUAUCACCAUGACCUGCACAGCUUUUGGGAACCCCAAGCCCAUCGUCACCUGGCUCAAGGAGGGGAUGCUCCUCAGUGCUGGUGGGAAGUACCAGGUGAGUGAUGGCAGCCUGACGGUGACGUCUGUCAGUCGGGAGGACAGAGGGGCCUACACCUGUCGGGCAUACAGUAUCCAAGGGGAGGCAGUCCACACCACUCACCUGCUCGUCCAAGGGCCUCCUUUCAUCGUUUCCCCUCCUGAGAACAUCACUGUCAACAUCUCCCAGGAUGCUCUGCUCACCUGCCGGGCAGAGGCAUAUCCGGGCAACCUCACAUACACCUGGUACUGGCAGGACGAGAACGUCUACUUCCAGAAUGACCUGAAGCUGAGGGUGCGGAUCCUGAUUGAUGGGACACUGAUCAUCUUCCGGGUGAAGCCAGAGGAUGCUGGAAAGUACACUUGCGUCCCUAGCAACAGCCUGGGGCGCUCCCCUUCAGCCUCGGCUUACUUGACUGUGCAGUACCCGGCCCGUGUCCUCAACAUGCCCCCUGUGAUCUAUGUGCCUGUGGGGAUCCAUGGCUUCAUCCGCUGCCCUGUGGACGCAGAGCCACCAGCCACCCUGGUAAAAUGGAACAAGGAUGGCCGCCCCCUGCAGGUGGAGAAGAACCUGGGUUGGACCUUGAUGGAGGAUGGCUCCAUUCGGAUCGAGGAGGCCACAGAGGAGGCUCUUGGCACUUACACGUGUGUGCCUUACAAUACCCUGGGGACCAUGGGCCAGUCUGCUCCUGCGAGGCUUGUCCUGAAGGAUCCCCCGUAUUUCACGGUGCUACCAGGCUGGGAGUACAGGCAGGAGGCUGGCCGAGAACUGCUCAUCCCCUGUGCAGCCGCAGGGGACCCCUUCCCUGUCAUCACCUGGAGAAAGGUAGGGAAGCCCAGCAGAAGCAAGCACAGUGCCCUGCCCAGCGGGAGCCUCCAGUUCCGUGCCCUGAGCAAGGAGGACCACGGGGAGUGGGAAUGUGUCGCCACCAACGUGGUCACGACCAUCACUGCCAGCACUCACCUUACCGUCAUCGGCACCAGCCCCCACGCCCCGGGCAGUGUCCGGGUCCAGGUCUCCAUGACAACUGCCAACGUAUCCUGGGAGCCGGGCUAUGAUGGAGGCUACGAGCAGACAUUCUCAGUUUGGAUGAAGCGGGCACAGUUUGGGCCCCAUGACUGGCUGUCCUUGUCAGUGCCACCGGGCCCCAGCUGGUUGCUAGUGGACACCCUGGAGCCCGAGACCGCAUACCAGUUCAGUGUCCUGGCUCAGAACAAGCUGGGAACCAGCGCCUUCAGUGAGGUGGUCACUGUGAACACUUUAGCAUUCCCUAUCACAACUCCAGAACCUCUGGUGCUGGUUACCUCACCAAGGUGCCUCACAGCCAAUCGGACCCAGCAGGGUGUGUUCCUGUCCUGGCUCCCACCUGCCAACCACAGCUUCCCGAUCGACCGCUACAUCAUGGAGUUUCGAGUCGGGGAGCGCUGGGAGAUGCUGGACGAUGCCAUUCCGGGUACCGACGGAGAUUUCUUUGCCAAGGAUCUGUCACAGGAUACCUGGUAUGAGUUCCGGGUUCUGGCUGUCAUGCAGGACCUGAUCAGCGAGCCCAGCAACAUCGCCGGUGUCUCCAGCACAGACAUCUUCCCGCAGCCGGACCUGACUGAUGAUGGGCUGGCCCGGCCUGUGUUGGCUGGAAUUGUUGCUACCAUCUGCUUCUUGGCAGCUGCCAUCCUGUUCAGCACUCUGGCCGCCUGCUUUGUCAACAAGCAGCGCAAGCGCAAGCUCAAGCGAAAAAAAGACCCCCCACUGUCCAUCACCCACUGCAGAAAGAGCCUGGAGUCUCCCUUGUCCUCGGGCAAGGUGAGUCCAGAGAGCAUCCGCACACUCCGUGCCCCGUCCGAGUCCUCCGACGACCAGGGCCAACCCGCAGCCAAGAGGAUGCUAAGCCCUGCCCGGGAGAAGGAGCUGUCCUUGUACAAGAAAACCAAGCGGGCCAUCAGCAGCAGGAAGUACAGUGUGGCCAAGGCUGAGGCUGAGGCUGAGGCCACCACCCCCAUUGAGUUGAUCAGCAGAGGUCCUGACGGCCGCUUCGUGAUGGACCCCUCCGAGAUUGAGCCCUCAUUGAAGACCCGGCGCAUCGAGGGCUUCCCUUUUGCGGAGGAGACGGACAUGUACCCUGAGUUCCGGCAGUCGGAUGAGGAGAAUGAGGACCCUCUGGUGCCCACAUCUGUGGCUGCCCUGAAGUCUCAGCUGACCCCUCUGUCUUCCAGCCAGGAGUCCUACCUGCCUCCACCAGCAUACAGUCCUCGCUUCCAGCCCCAUGGGCUCGAGGGCCCGGGUGGCCUGGGAGGUCGGCUACAGGCUACAGGCCAGGCCAGGCCCCCAGCGCCCCGGCCCUUCCACCACGGGCAGUAUUAUGGGUACCUCAGCAGCAGCAGCCCUGGGGAGGUGGAGCCACCACCCUUCUACAUGCCGGAAGUGGGCAGCCCCCUGAGCUCAGUCAUGUCGUCCCCACCCCUGCACUCUGAGGGGCCUUUUGGCCACCCUACCAUCCCAGAGGAAAAUGGAGAAAAUGCUUCCAACAGCACUCUGCCCUUGACUCAGACACCUACAGGAGGGCGCUCCCCAGAGCCCUGGGGCCGGCCAGAAUUCCCCUUUGGAGGCCUGGAAGCCCCAGCUAUGAUGUUCCCCCACCAGCUGCAUACCCGUGACGUGGCCGAGAGUCUACAGCCCCAAGCCUGCCUGCCCCGAGGAAUGCCCCCCACCUCCCUGCAGGUGCCCGCAGCCUACCCAGGCAUGCUGUCUCUGGAGGCACCCAAGAGUUGGGCAGGCAAGUCUCCUGGCAGGGGCCCUGUCCUGGCGCCCCCAACCGCCAAGUGGCAGGACAGACCUGUGCAAUCCUUGGCUAGCCAGGGGCAGCUGAGACAUACCAGUCAAGGUAUGGGCAUACCUGUGUUGCCUUACCCCGAGCCAGCCGAGCCGGGGGGGCAUGGUGGCCCCAGCACAUUUGGCCUGGACACUCGGUGGUAUGAGCCCCAGCCCCGGCCCCGGCCCAGCCCCCGGCAGGCCCGGCGUGCCGAGCCCAGUUUACAUCAAGUGGUGCUACAGCCCUCUCGGCUCUCACCUCUGACCCAAAGCCCCCUCAGCUCCCGCAAUGGCUCCCCUGAGCUCGCUGCCCGUGCUCGGCCUCGCCCGGGCCUCCUGCAGCAGGCGGAGAUGUCAGAGAUCACCCUGCAGCCACCAGCUGCGGUCAGCUUCUCUCGCAAGUCCACGCCAUCCACGGGUUCCCCUUCCCAGAGCAGCCGCAGCGGGAGCCCCAGCUACCGGCCUGCCAUGGGCUUCACCACUCUGGCCACAGGCUACCCCUCCCCUCCGCCGGGCCCUGCCCCCGCAGCGCCUGGGGACAACCUGGAUGUGUUUGGACAGACACCUUCCCCUCGGAGGAUGGGGGAAGAGCUGCUCCGGCCCGAGCCCCCCACAACGUUACCUACUUCAGGAAUACUCCCACCUGCUCCCGGGAAUGCUGCUGCACCUGAGAGGCUGGAGGCUCUGAAAUACCAACGGAUAAAGAAGCCCAAAAAGUCAUCCAAGGGCUCCUCGAAGUCAAAGAAACGAUCCGACGGUUCUGCCUCUCAGGCUCAGCAGCUUCCCAACUCUCAGGUUCUGUGGCCCGAUGAAGCUGUCUGCCUCCGAAAGAAGAAGAGACACUCUCGUCCUGAUCCCUUUGCCCGGCUCUCAGACUUGUGCCACCGCCAGCUUCCGGAAGACCAGACAGCAAUCCUCAACAGCGUGGAUCAGGAUGACCCAGGCCACGCAACUCUGCUGUGACUCCACACCACUCUAAGUGUCCCCAGGGCAGGGUGGGGCUGCGGGUAGGGAGGGGUUUCACGCGGGCCUUGUCCCCUUCUGUCCACCAAGAGAUGGCUCAGUGUCCUGCGUGGCCCUUCUCCCCCAGGUCCUAGCCAGCUGGGCUCGUCCACAGGACAGAGGCUGGGGGCCGAUCUUCUGCCUGUGGUCAGAGUCAGGGAGUGAGUUGACGACAGGAGGUCAUCUGGCUCUGUCCCACCUUCCCCUCUUCACUUAGAUUGAAUUUUCUCACCUCUUCAGAUGUCUUUGGAAGUGAAGAAGAGGAAAGCAAUGGCUUUUACUGCUCUGCUUCUGUUUCAGUUUUUUGAGUUGUGGGAGAGGGCUGGACGUCUGUCCCAUCUUCCAGACUCCACAUAUAUAUAGAUAUAGAUACAAAUACACAUUCUGUAGUUGGUGGGUUUCUCUAUGUGUAUAUAUAUGUACAUUACAGCAAAGUGCUGUUUUCUUCUGUGGUCCAUGGAAGGGAGGAGGGUAGUGGACCGCUGGGGUUUGUGAGUAGGGUUGGCCACGGUUGGUGGGGUGCCCUCUUGUCUGUCUCGGGGGACUGUUCCUGCCUCUUGGCUAAAUUCGCCAUUGUCCUCUCUAGCUUCUCCUAUCCAGAGCAGAAAUGGGGCCCUACUGAGAUGACCAGCUGGGGUUACCAGUGAGUUACCACUGAACAAAACACAAGCCUUUAUUGCUUGGUUGCUGGUGAGGAAAGGGUGAGCAGGCACAGGGCCAGGCUGGCGUCUUUCUUCUCCACAGUUUGUUUCACACUUCCGAAGUGGAAGCUGCCUAGUGGUGGAGCCCAUCUGACCAUGCCUCAGUUCCUUUUGGUCCAGCCUGGGCUUGGAGGCCUGUGGCCAAAGGUUCUCCCAUCUGGAGUCAUCUGUGCAGAGCCCCAAGCUGCCACGACUCUGUUUAUAGCUGUCUCUACUCAGCACUCUGGGGCGCUGCUCCACCAUGCUGAUCAGCUCCUCCUUUCCUUUUGUGGAAGCUAAUGCUCCAGAUUGAUUAAUUGCCACUUGUGCAGAGCCAACCGCUAGUCCUCUGCAUCCUCACCAUGUGCUGUCUGCCACUCUGCUUUGCCUGGGGUCCUCCUCCCUCCUCAGGACCGACACUCCUGUAGUGUGGACUCCAGUGAAGUGAGGGUGCUCCUUCCCAGUAAGCCAAAGGCAAGUUGGCUUAGGAAUGAAGGGGUGGGGUGGCUGGGGGCCUGGCCCUAGUCCUUCUGCCAAAAUCUUGUCCUACUUCAAACUGUCAGCACUCAGAAGCUUCUGCAAAGCAGUCUUCCUGUUCAGGCAUGUCCCUGUUUUUCCAGAAGGGCACAGGGCCGAGGGUUGGGUGGAGAGUGUGUUUGCCCUCACCAUCCCCUCUUCUCCUGGAGCUUGGUCUGGCCCAGGAUGGCAGGAGCCACUGAGUUCCUGGAAGUGUUUUCUUCUUGGUGCUGCUGUCCUGUGGUUUGGGGACAUGCACCUCUCCCCAGUGACCUGCUUGGACAUUGGCCAUGUCAGAGCCCUAGCAGGCUUCUGCUGGUCUCACUGUAGCUGCCAGUGGCUUGGCUCAGUGACAGAGGAGAGGCGUGGCCUCCAAGGGCUGGGAAGCUGGUCAUUUUGCUAGAGCUUCUUCCAUCUUGGGGACAGACGUCUUUGCCAGCCAGGCCUGGUGCUUCCUUCUCUUUCCUAGUGAGCAGGAGACUGGCUCCACCAUGCAAGGCAUACCAUCACAGUUCAUUUAUGGACAUGGGUGAAAGAGGUGCAGAGGGUGAUUUCUGUUGCUAGGACUAGCUGUCAGCCUGGGGUGAACACCAGAUGCCUUCCUCUGGAGCCUGGGAAGUCACUUGACCCUUGGCUAGCAGCUCUGGUAAAGUUAAAAUUAGAGUUGGGUGGCUCUCUGUGAUCCUUUCAGCGGUGAUGCUGUCUCUGCCACUGUGCCACAAUGGGCCACUCCUGGGGCAUCUCCCAGGGGCUGUCAGGAGCAGGCCUGUCUGAACUAUUAGCUGGUGUGAGAUGUGGGGCUCACAGUGGGUCACAGUGGCCUCUGUCCCCUUUUUGAAGCGUGUGACUCCUUUAUCAGGAUGGCCAGCCCAGGUCCUGGGGUGCAGUGUGAAUAUGGAGCAUCAGGGCUGCUGCACAUUAGUACGAAUUAGACCCUGAAGCUGUCUGGGCCUUGUGGCUAGGAAAGAAAGGGAAGUUGAGAUGGAAAGCUUCACUGGGAUGUCAUCCAGGGCCAGGAAGCAGCUUGUGGCUGAGGUGCUGUGGCCAUGUCUACGCUUUCCUGGGCCCCGUGCUAACAAGGUGCUGACUCCUGCCUUCUUUUCUUGCCUCUGGCAUUGCCCCUUACCUCAGCUGAAAAGACCAAAUGGCAGGAGCUGUGCUUUUGCUGGCCACUGGGUGGCAGCUCUGCUGAGGCAUUGCCAGGGUGGGGAAGGGACACAAGGCCUCCCUAUUCCUCAGUGGCCUCAGACUUGUUCUCCUCCCAAAAUGGCUUCCUUCUUGUGGACUGUGUCCUUAGAGACCAGCAUCCUUCCUGCACCUCUGGGAGCUAUUUUGGUCCUUCCUUUAAAGACUUCGGAGGAAGUUGGCAGAAUACAAUUUUCUUCACCCAUGGGAUGGAGGAUGAAGGUGUUGCGGGAACCCGGUUAAGUGCUGCAUGUGGACACAUAAAUGCAAGUCUGUAUGAUGAGUGUAGCCAUUUCUAGGAACCCAUGUCCUUUGCACUCUGCCUUUGAACAGGGGCAGUGACCACUACGAAGCUUCCUAGGACUUUUUACCCUCUACUCUGGGAGAUCAGUCUUUCAGACUUCCCCCUCUAGGCUCUGGUAGCCUUGCAGUAGUAGUUCAGAUAAAAACCUGUUUUUGUAUCUUGGAUUUUUUUUUUGUCUGCAGCUUUGUCCUGCAUCAUCUUGAUUCAAAACAGUGGCUACUGGGGCAGUAGGUGAUCCACAGACCAGGAAGACAAUAUGCUGGUCUCUGAGGGGCUUGAAAGGCUACAAGUGCUUUGGGAAGAAGAUGAGCAAUAUGGAGGUGAAUGCUGUUUCUUGAUACUCCAGCUGGCCAUGAGUGGGCUUCAUGGCUGUGAGCAGAAGCCCGUGUGUGGAUUGUCUUUGCUGGAUCCAGCCCAGCAUCUGACAGGGACGCUGCCUGCUGGCCAGCCUUUCUCCCUCACAGUCUCUUGGAGUGCAGGGAGGGAGAGGCCAUUUACAUGCCUACUUUGGCAACAUGAAGAGUGCCUCUGUCCCAAGGGGCAGCAAGGCAUAGGCCUCUCUCAAAGGUCUAGGUUUAGGCUAUCGAGGGGUGGUUUCAGCACCAACGGGCUGGGGAGCGUGCUUACUAGUAUUUUACCAUAUUCUUCAUCUUCAUUUUUUAUCUAAAAUAUUUGGGGUUAGAUGGACUUCAGCCAUUUAUUCCUCUGCCCUUUUCUUGCACAGAAAACUAGAUAAGGUUCACACGUAGAAGUUCCUUUUUUUCUGGCAAGGCUGACAAAUAGCUUCAGGAGAGAAACUGAUACCACAGAACAUCAGGCAUCUUUGCCACACCCCAGGGUUUGAAUCAGACCUGAGGUGUGUGUGGCUGGAGUAGUUUCUUCCAAUAUUGUUAGCAAACUUCUUUUGGGGUUUUGGGGUGGGAUGGGGAAGAAUUGUAGAUAAAGUACAUUUUAUUAAUAUGUAGAGAACCCUAGGAAAGAACAGCUAAUGGUUAAUCUUGGGCUUGCUUUGCUUGCAUGUAAAGGAGCUUUGGGGGGCAUUGCAGGGAUUUGGGAGGCAGCAGGAAAGAGUCAAAGGGCAGAGACAGACAGGAAUGAGGGGAGGCUCCUUGACACUGGGAGCUGGGAGCCUUUCUGCCAAUGCUCUUGGCUUGGGCUGCCAUUUUGUGUCUUCUUCAGAUCAAAGCAGAUCAGGCUCCAGGCAGAUGGAGGCUUAGCAUCCUGAUGCCUUAUUGUUGGGGAGAGGGCUCAGGAGGGGUCUCAGGGGCCAGCUCUCUGUUAAAUAGUCAUUGAUGAGCUGGGGUGUUUUAGGAGGAGGUGUUAGAGAGCUGGAAUAUGGAGAAGAAUCCUGAUCUUUUGCCAGGGUGGGAGAAUGAAAGACUGUAGAGUAUUGGGUCUGUCAUGGAGUAGGAGCAGAGAUUCUAGGACAGCAUGGUGGGACCCAAGCAAGGGCACCAAGCCUUGCCACUCUCCUUGGGACAUCUGCACACUGACAGUGUAAUGUACACAUUGGGGCAUUAUCCCAAGGAGAAAAAGUGACUUCCCAGUGAGGCGCAGGUGGAGGGGAGGUGGCAGUGGAGGGUUUGGGGACAGAAGUGGGAGGGGUCUUCACCACUGAGAAAAGGUUGGGGCUAGGCUGGCAUGCAGGCUCAGACUGUGGCUCAGAAGAGAUCUUGAUUUUUCUAGAAUUAGCUUCUGACACUAAGUGCCCAGACAUGGAUUUCUUUGUCAUGUGCUUCAGCUCGAUGUAUUUAUUUUUGGGGUAUCCUCAAGUCCAGAGCUCAGAGACUGGUUUUGAAAUGGCCAGCUCUAAGUUAGUAGAGAAGGAAAGAUUGUUCUCAGGGGUUUCUUGUGUUUGUUCUCCUAAGCAGAAGUGGCAGGCUGCCUUUCUUUGUCCAUCUGAAGAUGUUCAUAAAUCCCCAGUGACAGUGGUGGCUCAGCAAUUGUGCUUGUCACCCUUCUUGGGUUACAGCGGAUUCCUUCAGAUCAUGGUGGUGUUAGGGCUUGAGGUUUUGUCUUUCUCUUCUUUUGAAGGUUAAAGUCACCAGCCUACAGCUGAGUGAGGUAGGAAUGCAUUUCACCCUGAAAUCAGGUACCAGCCUUUCUUCCUUUCUUAAUGUCUCCAUUCUGCUUCCUUUUGGAUUGAGAGGCAGAAUUAAAAAUCUCCUCUUUAAAAGAAGUCAGUAGACCAAGGGUCAAAGCCAAGAUUGGACUUUAGCACUCUUACCAAGUAGAUGUUUGGUUAGGAGUGUCUCUUAUCUCUGACAGUGUGUCUGCACAGGGCCAGACCCUUAUUUCUGGGCCCCUGUCUAUACUUUCAAAUAAGCCUUUCAGGAACAAACAUGCUACCCCUACCAGAUGUUUUGUGUGUAGGUUUGCCAAGUGGAUAGAAGCUUUUCAGGAUCAAAUUUUAAGCUGAUAGAAAAAUUCCCAAUCUAUUGAGUCUAGUCCAAAGACACCUAUAGAUCCUAAGGGUUUCUGUGUCAAGGAAAAAUUAAUCAUUAUUGCAAAUACUAUUAAUGGCUGGCCAUGCCUUAGAGGUAGAAAAGUUAGGGUAUCUUGAUUGAUGUACUUUGGUAGAACAGCAGCCAGUCACCAAUAUUGCUUGGAAAUUUUCUUCUGCAUGGGUUAGUAGCAGUGGUUAGGGAUUCUUAAGAGAGUUGAUGAAACAGCUAUCAGCUUUGGAUGCUGGCUGGAAAAGCUGGACUGCGAGCUAACCAAAUAGGCAUGAAGCCUCUUUUCUUCUUGGUUGUCUACCUUCCUAUCCCACUACAUAGUGAUGGGAAUGCCUGUCUGAGCCUGUUUUUUUUGGGGGGGUCUUGAAGAAAUCUGUCUCACCAACUCCAUGUCCCUGCCCCUAGUGCUGGAUUUCCUAGAUUCAUUUUAGGACCUAGGGCUAGCUCUCCCCAUGUACCCCACAUACUCACGAGUUAGGUUCCCUUUCCUUCCCUCCUGCACUUCUGUAUGGCUCCAGGGAUCUUGAACUUGUGCAAGGUUUACGGUAGGGAAGUGGUUGGGGUAGGGAAGGGAAUUUGGGAGGGUACUGGGGUUGGGCUGGGGAGGGGUAUUUGCGUUUUCAGCCUUAGCAAUACUGCAAGCAUGCUUUGGGCUGUUUGGGGUUUCACCUAAGUAGAUGGAAGGGGCCAGUGCCCAGUACCCCCUCGUGUCUGUGAUGAGAACCUGGGGGCAUUUUAUUUCCUUCUGGCUUAGGGAAUCUAUGAAACCUCCUAUCUGGUAGAGGGGACUAACCCUCAUGAUCAACUUGCAGUCCUUGAAAGGGAAACUCUCUACCAAUGAGUAUUUCUGUUGCCUACUGUGGACAAUGAGAGACAUGUCACGAGUUGACAUUGUCCUUGGCUGAGUCAGAGGAAUGGGAUUCCCUUACCUGUCUUUUGCAGGUGCUAGGCAUCUCCCUGGUCUCUAAUCCCGCCAGCUGUCUAUUCUAGUGUUCCUUUCCUGGAUUCAGUAAAUGUGUAUUUUGGGUGUAUGCGAGAGUCUGUUGUGUGUGCAUGGAACCUGUGUGUGUGUGUGCCUGUUGCGUGUAUGCAAGAGAUUUUUAGGGACACACUGCUUUGCCUGAAUAGCAUCAGGCCUAGGAGACCCUCCUUUUUGUUGGCUGUUUCUUUGCUAGACAACUUCUGUUUUGGUAGGAGGAUCACAUUAGUAAUACACCAUCUUGGGUGUAUUUUUUAUAUUGUAUAUAAAAUUAUAUAAAUACAUAUAAUGUGUUCUAUUUUAAGGAGACAGGGGAACUUAUGUUGGGGAGCGAGGAUCAGAUGCAAUAGUAGUGGCUUACACUGGGAGCCUCAGGCGAGCGGUCCACACGAAGUGGGACUGGACAAGCCAGAGACGCAAGCUGGGCCGGAUGCAUGGGGCCUGUGCCCCUGCACAAUAUAUAAAUAUAAAGAAAACGUAUAUAAAGUCUAUCUAUCUAGCUUAUCUAUAUAGUUUGCUUUAUUUUUGUACCUGUGCUUAGAGAUGCUUUGAGCUGUGUCACUUUCCUCAAGCGGUCUGGGAAACUAGCUCAUGCCUUGAUGCCUCCUCCUUCUCUGUCCUUCCUGGGAUACACUCUUUGUUCAGAGAUGCUUGGGUCUUUCUCACAGAAAUAUGUAUAUAUGAAAAAACUUUAAAAUUAAACAAAGAACUCGACUUGCAGAAGGACGAGUGAGCUGAAGAUUGUGGAGGAGUUAUGGGAUCUGAAGACCCCAGAGAACUCGGGUCCAAAUGUCUCUUGGCACCGGGAGGGGUCGCUGUGGUGAGAUGCUUGAUGUUGUGGGGGUGCUGGAGAGCUGGAAAUGCCACAGAGCAUUCCUAUAUGGCUGCGCUUGAUAUCCAGCUCCUCAGAAGGAAUCCAGCUCCGCAGCUGGGAAAGGGAGUGGUCAUGAUUACUUAGUAAUGGCUGUCCUAGUUUGUAGCACCUGGGCUUAAGCAACUCUUGGCAAUAUGAUGGUGAGAGUUUGCAAGGCUAACUGUGUGGGCCAAGUCUUGGAAAAGAGAUACUCUGGGGAUUAACGCUGCAGAUUUUUUGGAACCAGUGUGAAUGUAAUAUCUAGUAUAAAUAUGUUAUUGAUGCUAUCUUCAUUUAUUUUUAAUUGGAAAAUGAAAUGCUGUUGGAAAUGGGAUGGUCCAGUCCUAGGACAAUGAGUGGACAGUCAGGGGUAAGAGAUUAACUUUGGGCAGAUCUGGGAGGAUGGGUCUUCCUGGGACCUUCCUUCUGGUACGCAGUUGGUGACUUACAGAACUGAACAAUAUAUUGGGAGAAUGUGACCAAGAAUGAGAGAUUCUGGAGGGGAGGGGUCCACUUGAGUUUCAGCAGCAAAGUGUGUGUGGGCUGAAGAAUACCUGUCUGAGAAUUCAAGACCUCAUAUGUGCUGCAAAGGCAACAUGCCUCAGCAGGCAGCUCCUGGCGCUAGCUCUUUCUUCUGACUUGCCAAGUGCUCAGAACAAUGUGUUUGAAGCUGGUGCAGGGCCAGAUGGUGCAGAGAUUCUGGGGAGACUCAUGACUACAGUCUCUCAUCUCUUAUUUCUGUUUGAAACUCAAAAUAUGGCAACACUAGCCCCUCUUUCCUCACCCAAAUGUGAUGCUCUCCAAGAGCUCUUGUCUAUGGAUUUUGACCAUUUGAGGAACUCAGAUGCCUCAAUCACAGGAAGGGCUUUUUUUUGUAUUUGAGGAGUAUUAUGAGAAGCGGAGGUUGGAGUGGAGCCCGAGUCUAGCUUCUGAUUCUUAUUGGAUCUUAUAUGGCCCCACCAUUCAUUAGGACACUGUUCUAGGGGCUUCUGGAUUGUCUGUUCAAAAUAUUUACCAUUGUCCAAGGACAUAGCAGGAGAACAGGCCUGGGGGGGCUCCAAUUCCCGUAUCCUCCACAGGAGGCCAGAAGAGGAUGCAGCCAGGUAUUUCUUAUAAGAUUUUCUGGGCAGUGGAGUAAAAGGAAGAGCAGCAAAUUCUGUGUCCCUUCCCACCUUGCACCUCCUAUUGAGCUACCAAAGAGGGGUUUCCGUGACUAUGCUUUCGGCUCUUAGAGGCAACCUUUCGCUUCUCUGGAGACUCUGUCCCACUCCUGCUCACAUGUGACCUGCGGAGUCAGUCAGUUCAGCACACAGGCACCUCAAAGGGCACAUCUUCCAUGAGGCCCAGAGUUCCUCAACAUUCCAUCUCUUUCCACAUUGAGCCAAAGGCUCGGUCCUUGGAAACCUCAGCAGCACCAGGGUGCAUGAGAUUGGGAGACCCUGCACAUUGCCAUUCCAUUUAUCAUUGUCAAGUGGGCACUUCACAUUGGAGAAAACAGGGGAGAUAGGGGCCUUGACAUUUUGGAGCCUGGAGAGGAUGUGUUACUUACCUCAGAGAGGGUCCAAGGCUGGGCAUUGGAGGGGAAAGGACAGAUAGCCCAGCAUCAAUCUCCCAUUUCUCAGAAGAGCUACCCUUUCACAAAGGCAUGUGCAGCAGAGGGGAUUGGGAUCUGACUGUGUGGAGUAAGUGAGGUAUUCUUUUUUGAACCUCUUGCUUAAUGGGAUAGGUGGGUGGGAGGGGUCUGCUGAUGAAGCUUUUGAGGCCCACAGCCACUGCCACGGUUCUGAACUUCCUCCUAUGCUGUGUCUUACUCCUUGGUCCCUAGAUAGUGGAAGGGGUAUUGAAUUUUGGUGCUUUUUUCUUUGGUAGGAGGUUGGAAGAAUCUGUAGAGUUGUUCUAGUUCAGCUACCUCUGUCUGUUACAUGAAACAAGAGUAUGGAGAAGAUAAGUCUGCUGCGAGUUGCUUUUCCAGGGAUCAGUGUGGGCUCUGAGCUCUGAUCAUUAUCAACAGGGAACCUAGGGAGGAGGAAAGGGCUGGCCCAUUGCCCUUGGAACUGCCUUGGACAACAUAGAAGUGCACGGGGGUAUAGUCAGGCCUGUGCAGCACUUCCAUGGGUGAGGAUGUGGCUGUGCCAUUGGGUGGGGGUCCCUGUUAUUGCAUUGUGAAGUCUGGAUGGGGAGGGUUUGCUCUGUGGGAUAAUGUGGAUGCUAGAACGUCAUAUGAGGAGUGGGGAGGUGAAGGACAGAUCUGACACUGCACUUAAUAAGUUGUAUCCAUCAGAGUGAGAAAUACUUCAAGUUCUAUUUAGAUUUAAUUUCCUACCUGCUGUUCGUGGGGCUAGAGAUGGAGGCCAUGAGUAUGCAUCACCAGUUGCCCAUUCUUGUCCAUGGCCUGACGAGGAGGGAUGACCUCCUGCUCAUGUGAGCAGCUCUCAGCCCCAUUAUCCACUCACGCUCUCCCACCUGGAGUGACUGUGCCAUCCUGGACAUGCUUCUUCCAUCGCACACGAGGCAGUUAUUUUCCCUGCCUCUUGUCACCCUGAGUUCUCCAAACGUGCAGAGGGUAGGGGUGAAGAGGGGUUCUGGAGGAGCAGCUCCCAGCACCCUCCCCAGGGCCCCCAACAGACUUCUGAUCUUCAGAUGCCUGGCAGCCUCCUGCUUUUGGCUCUUCUUUUCUAACAAGUCUGGAUUGACUCUUGGUUUCGUCAUGAGAUUUCUUCCUUCAACUUUCUUUGGGGUUUCCCCCAUUCAUACUGGGUCUUCAUGUGAAGACUGUUCAAACCUCGUUUCCAUUUCUUGAAUGUCGAGUAUUAUUACAUUACCAUGCUAGGGUGCUUUAUGGUGCUGUCUGAGAUGCCAGCAGGGUGGAACUGGUUCCUCCCACUGGUUCUUUAGAUCUUGCUGUAUUUCGUCUUCUCCUUUGAUUUCCACCUAGGGAUUUGGGGUGGGUAAGUUGGGAGUAGGUUUGUGUUUUCUCUCUCUCUUUCUUUUAUGUAUGAAUGGACUGGUUAAAGUCAGUUAUCAUGAGUAGCUGACUUUAUGGUAUUGACUGGUUGGCUGACUUUGGUUCCAAAUUAGACAAACCAACAUAUUGUAUAGCCGCGAACAGAACACUUUUGAGUGUGAAUUUAGAUGGUGACUAGAGGCUUACUUUUUGAACUUCAGGUAUGUAACUCAAAAGUAAAUAAAAAACACUAUUUUUUCAGUAAGCUUUUUUUUUCUUCUAAAAGAUAACGUAGAAAUCAAACUACAAAACAUUAAAUUGGUGCUGUACCUAAGCCUUAUACAAACAUAUUCUACACUCUGUAUAACCUGUCUCUGGGGCUCUCCUUGCUCCGUCACCCUCUUCUCAAAGCCUGGGAAUGCCAGUGUGUGCCAAGCCUGGGGCUGGGUCUUGGGGACCAGUGGACCCAGGGGGCCCUGGGAGCAGAGGGUGGUGGUGGAGAUGGGGCCUGGUUCUGCUACCCAAGCAGAUAGGGGAAGGAAACCAGGUGCUUGGGUGUGUGUGGCAUGUGUGUGCAUAUGUGUAUGUUUGUGUGUGAGCGUGCGAAUGUGGAUGCAUGAGCUUACAGGUGCACAAUGCCAAAGUGAAUGCACCAACUGGGGCUUGAAAGGGAGACCCAGAAGGGCCCCAGGAGUGGGACAGUUGGGAUGAGGGGGGCACGCUCCCUCUCAUUUCCUGGCUCCUGUUUCUCCUGUCAGGGAGUGGAGGUAUCCUGGAAAUAACUACAUUCUUAGUGGGGUGCUUCUUCUUCAAACUCUGUAAAUGCUGAGCACUUCUAAAGGCCCCAUCUAAGGGGCAGGCAUCUCUGGCCACCAAAUCACAGACUGCCAGGACUGAGAGGAGCCUUUCUUCUCUCCAGCCCUUACUUGGGUUUUGGGGAAGAGAGUUCUUCCUGCAGGCUCCCUGCACCUCCCCUUCCUGGACCUGGGUCUGCUGUAGCUGCCACUCUCCAGCUGGGCUCCCAUUGGCUAUCUUGCCCCUUCCUAGCCCACAGAGAGGGCCCCCUGUAGAUGACCCCUCUGCUACACUGCUCCAUGGCCCUGAGCAAUAAUGCCUGCCCUAGUGACAGUGAUUCCUUCGGCCUUGGACUUGCCGCUUAAAAACAGUGAUAUCCCAAACUCAAUUAGGGAGAGACUUUGCAGUCUGCUUGGGUCAAGCUGCUGUGCCAGGCUCCACUCGCUGGUAUUUUCAGGCUUGCUGAAUACUAACCAACUCAUUGCCAGUAACACUGCAUGUUCAUAUCCUGAAUUAAAAAUCAAAAUGAGCGAACAAGUACGUGAGUGAACCAAGAGAGAGAAAAAUAUGGCACAUCAAAUGACAAGAUGUGUAGCCAGUGAAGGUACCCCGGGUAGUGUCUCAAGUUAAACCGAGUAAAAGAAGUUUAGUAUUAAAUUGCUCCUCAUGUAACAUUACUCUGCUUCAGA